UUUGCACUGCUCUAAUUAUUAAAGUUAGGACAAACACACCACUAAAGACAUUAGGACACUAAAUGAGUGCCCUUUACUCACACUGCAUUUUGAAACCACUGACAUACUAAUUACUCACAUAUCCACCCAUCCAUUUUCUGAGCCGCUUAUCCUCACGGGGGUCACGGGAGCGCUGGAGCCAAUCCCAGCUGUCAUCGGGCAGGAGGCGGGGUACACCCUGAACUGGUUCCCAGCCAAUCGCAGGGGACGACUCACAGCUCCGGGAAUAAAAGCCCAACUUGGUGGACAUCUGGUCUGGAUCGCUCAGCAUGAAGCUGCUCGCAACUCUCUACUUGAGCCUCGUGCUUGGCCUCGGUGCAUCACUACCCCUUGGAGACCUCAUCGCAGAUGGAGGUUCCCAUGAUGCAACCCUGCCAGACCGAUGUGAUGGGAUAGAGUUUGACGCCAUCACACCGGAUGAGACCGGAACCACUAUCUUCUUCAAAGGUGCCCACCUUUGGAACGGCUUCCUUGGUCCAGCUCAGCCCUCCAAUGAAUUUUUCCACGAACUUGAUGAGUAUGGCCAUGUCGACGCCGCCUUUCGCAUGCACAACCCAGAGAACAAGGAUGACCACGAUCAUGUGUAUUUCUUCCUGGAUGACAAGGUCUUCAGCUACUAUAACCGGACUCUCGAGGCCGGGUACCCGAAACCACUACAGGAUGAGUUCCCAGGAGUCCCUUCUCACCUGGAUGCAGCUGUGGAGUGUCCAAAAGGAGAGUGCCCAGCCAACUCAGUUCUGUUCUUCAAGGGACACGACGUGCAUGUUUUUGACAUUGACACAAAAGUGGUGAAAACAAAGACGUGGUCACACCUGCCCGUGUGCACGUCUGCGUUGCGCUGGCUGGAGCGGUACUAUUGCUUCCACGGUCACAACUUCACCAAGUUCAACCCGGUCUCAGGGGAGGUGAGCGGUGACUACCCAAAGGAUGCGCGCGAUUACUUCAUGAAGUGUCCCGGCUUUGGCCACGGAGGUGAGUACAAAAUCCCUAAAUGCGGCGACGUCAAAAUAGACGCCAUCACCACUGACGACCAAGGCAAAAAAUAUUUUUUUGCGGGUCCAAUCUACAUGCGUCUGGACACCCACCGUGAUGGUCUUCACGCCUUCCGAAUAACGGGGACGUGGAAAGAGAUGAUCCAUGGGGUGGAUGCUGUCUUCUCCUACAACGACAAACUCUACAUGAUUAAGGAUGAUCAAGUGUACAUCUAUAAAUUGGAUGCACACAAUACCCUCAUCGAAGGCUACCCUAAAUCCCUGAAGGAAGAGUUAGGCAUCGAGGGACAUGUUGAUGGUGCCUUUGUGUGCCCCAAUAAAGACACGGUUCACAUAAUCCAAGGAACGAUUAUUCGUGACGUUGACCUUUCAGCCACACCAAGAGUUGUGACCAGAGACUUUCCCAUUCCCAUUUCUGAGAUUGAUGCCGGUUUAUGCAGUCAGGAAGGAGUUUAUGUGUUCAAAGGCUCCACUUUCUACCAUUAUGAUUCAGCCUUUACCCUGGCCGUGACCAAAAUGGCCCCCGUACCUGAAAAUAUUACCCCGGCGAUGAUGGGAUGUCAGGAGUAGAUGCAAACUUUAGCUCAGGAUCAUUAUGAGGAUUUGUGAAGGAUUCAGAUUGGGUGAAUAAACAUU